CGCUCGUCGGCUAGCCUUCGACGAAGGGCGAAAAAGGAGGGACGAACGAACAUCGCCGAUUAAUAACAUCUGCUUAAAGCGCUUUAAAGUGUAGUUUUACUUUCAUUUGUGGCGUUUUGUCAGUGUUGCAGCGUUCUUGCGCCUCACAUUUGACGAAGCAUUUCGAUUUUCUUUGGUAACCACAACAGCUCGGCAGUUGGCUAACUCGCUAGCCGGCUAGCCGACUGAAGCGUUUCCUUUAACGUAUGUGCUAAGAUAACGCAAGCCCGAGACUCCGUCAGGGAUAUAGUUCGCUUUCUCACGCCACAAGACAUCGGAAACAGCUGAAAUGGCACGUACGUCGACACCUGAUUUGGAAUACAACGAAUGUUUCGACUCGACUUUCAUCAUGCUGCCCCCCACACUUUUUUAUGCCGUUCCCAGUAAGUCCACGACCCGCAGGAAGCUUGGUAAUUCUGCGCAGGCCGCCGUGAGCGUUGCGAGAUCCGUGGCCGGUUUGGGCCAUGGUUGCCCCCGUUGCUGCGUCGCUUGGAGAGAUGACCGGCACGACGUGGCCGUCGCUUAAGCCUCCCGGACACUUUGGAGAUUUGACAACAUUUAAAAGAUGUCUGGCGGCAAUUAUGGACAGUGAUGCCGGCUGGGAAAUGGUGAAACGAAUUUUCUGGUAGCUAACAUUUAGCAGUACAGUGUUGCUAAUAUAUAAUAAAGUAUCAUCCCCAGGUUUUCUCGCUGUUUAGUUAGUGUUCCUCCGCAAAAUCUUAACUAGAGAUUAGUUAGCUAGUUUGUAAAAGAGAAGUGUUGGAUAACAAUGCAGGCGACUAUUAACUAGUUGGUUAAUGAAACAAGCGUGCCAAAGCGGAAAGUAAGUUGGUUAACUUUGCAAACUCGUUGGUUAACUGAUCUAGGGUUAGUCAGCUAACUCGCUUAUUAGUCGUGAUUGCUCUAUUUCAUAGGGAGGUAAAACGGUCCCCCUGCUCGCUAUAAAAUUUGCUUUGAAUCGUUAUAUCAUUAUUUGAAAUUUGAAGAGUUAAUAUAUUGGCAAUGUUUAGAAGUAUGAGUUCAGAGGAGCCUUUUUCUAAAGGGGUUUCUCAACCUCCACCGACUGGCCUUGAAAGAGCAGACGUAACCAGACACGAAAGCUCAUGGACUAGCACGUUGUCCCUGCUCUCCAGGCCUGCAUGGACGCUUCUGCAGAAGUAUUUGCCUGGAAGAUCGCACACGCCAUCCCUGACACACUGGAGCGGCCAGGCAGGAAAAUCGAACGUUGACACUGAAAAUUCGUUGUUGGCAAACCUUGAUAAUCUCAUGCCAGCCGCCCAGCAUUCGGCAGGGCUGAGUGUAGCGAGUGUUGCUUGUGUACACUGUCUGCACGGAAAUUCCAGGUUUUUAGGUUUUGCUUCUAGUGACACACACACUCUGAACUGGUUGAAAGAAGAUCCUUUGCAUGCAUUAGGAGUUCAGAAUUCUACAGGUGCAGAAGCGCAGCACCUGGCCACAGGUGGAUACCUCACAAUGGUGAGAAGGUUUCUCAGUCAAGUGUUCCUGAACAUGGCUUCCUCGCAAAAAGAUGUAGGUCGCGCUGAACGCGUGCAGUCCCAGCUCGAGGCCUCCAAGAGCUGGUCCUGGGACCUACUUCGGGGAGCUGAUGAGCCUCAAAGUGUACUGCCAAAUUUGUCACAGAGUGGAAAAUUGACUGAUACAAAGUCCUUGCAUAGCGGGGCCAAUUGCACUCCUGGCCGUUGUCAUCCAGCUGACUGCAGUUCAGCUGUUGUUUUCGCUAAGCCAACAGAACUGUUUGUACGGAGCAAUGAUGUGGAAUUGAUGCACCACGAAACCGCUGGGCUGUUGCGUGUCAAAGAGCCAGAAGACAAUGGAGGCCUUCACAUGCCCGGGCCAGAAUCGCUCCCGAGUACAGACCAGCUUGCAUCAGUUCACCAGCACAAUGUAGUGGGGCAUCUGACUGACACCACAGCCGUUCUGACCCCAGAACAAGACAACGGCUACUCCAGUUUGGAAGAAGAAAAUGCAAACACUAAGCAGCAUAAUAUGAAGCUUGUGUGUGAGAAACCGGGACAGUCGGAAUUGGACAGUCCUGGCCCCUCUCAGGAGGGCGAGGCAGGGCGCGGAGGUGAGGGGGAGGAGGAGCCCAUUGGUGAUGCUCCGUGCGAGGCAGCUGGGAACGGUGAUGAGGAACAGAAGGAGGCGGUGUCACCCUCCGAACCCACACGCAGCAGCCAGGCCACAUCAUCCCUGUCUGUUCCUAACUGUUCGAACAGGGCGAUCGCAUACAUCAUGGGCAACCCCUGCAGCGAUGACUCCGACUCGGAGGACGACAGCGACUGGGAUAGCGACGAAGACGACGGUUUCGACAGCGAAGGCUCGUCCCGUGGGUCUAACUCUGAGGGCCUGGACGACAGCGAGGACGAGGACGACUUGGAAGGCGACGAGCUCGACCCCGAGAGCGAGACCAUGUGGAACUCGCUGUGCCAAAACGCAGACCCCUACAACCCCCGAAACUUCACCGCCCCUAUACGAACAGCCCCAAAGCCCAGAGCAGCAGCAGUGGAUUCGCCCCUGUCGGGCUCCCCAGCAGGGCCUGCGUUCACGCCCUCGCCCUCCCCUUCGCCCUCGCCCCUGCAGCUCGAGGAUGAGGAGUCCACCGACGAGGCUUGCUCGAUAGAUGAAGAGGAAAGCUUGAAGCUCUGGAACUCGUUCAGCUGCUCAUCAGACCCCUACAGCCCCUUGAACUUUCAGGCUCCUCUCCGGACUCAAGAACCAGGCAGGUCCCGCAGCAAGAAGGUCAGGGCUGUCGGGCCGCCGGUCUAUACGAGAGAGGAGGCCGAGGAGAGGCUGGAUAGCGGGUUCUCAGAGGCAGCUCCUGCACAAGGCCACCCUGGGAGUACCAGCUGUGUCAGGCUGAAAAAGGUGACGUUUGUGGAGGAGGUGGAGGAGUUCUACGCCAGCAGCGACGAGGACCGCCGAGGGCCGUGGGAGGAGUUUGCCCGGGACCGCUGCCGAUUCCAGCGCCGCGUCCAGGAGGUGGAGGAGACCAUCAGCUACUGUCUGGCCCCUACCUUCCGCCUCCUCGUUUUUCAGAGACUUCAUCAUAGUUGAUUCACCCUGCGUGUGUUUGCUGUUCUGUGGUUGAUUUUUCUUUUGAAUGCAAAAACAAAAAGGCUAUAUAUCGGUGGGCUAAUUCCAGGCCAUGGGGGGGUUGGAAAGUGAAAAUCAAAGGGCUCUGAUGUGCCAGCCCAGUAAAUCUGGGUUGGAGAUUAUUUCACUUCAGUCACAUGCUAACACACAGUUCUGUCAUGAGCUGGAGAGUGCUGUAUAGUUUCCUGAACACCACAAUUACCUGUCCUUGAGUCUCAUAAAUCAAGCGGGCGACAGUGGAUUGGCCAUUGUUACUUGAAGUUGUGACUGUCCUGUCCUGAUGUCACAAAAAAUGGAAGGGUCAGCGCACCAUAAGGAAGGUUUUAUUGUGUAUUAUGUUCAGGGUCCCUUGAAGCCUGUUCUGUCCCUCGUUAGCUGCAUAGAUAUAAAAUGGCCAAGACAUUAAAACUCAGUAAUGCACUAAUUGCAAUUCUGAAUUGCUCUCAAAGUGAGACUAAACUAUUUUUGAUAUUCUACCUUCAACCUCUCAUCUGUAUUAGUGCAAGAGUAUUGAACCCAUCUGUUUGUAGUGUUAGCAUUCCUUGUUGCCUUCAUGUAUUGCAAGGAUUUUUGUUUGGCUGGAUUUAGAUAGACAAAGGAUUUCUUAUAUAAAAUGGAAAAUCGAUAACCUUAAAUCAGUUUUUGUUCCUAAAUGAAAAGGUUUUUUAACUUUACUAAAUAUGUCUUGUUUUUUUUUUUUUUUUCUGUUGAUACAAUUAUUUAAAAAAAAAAAAACUGCUUGAUUCCUUAAAAAAAUCUUACCCAGUUUAUCAGUUCUUAUCAGGGGUAUGAUUGUGGAACUGCAUUUUUUAUUUAUUAAAAAAAAUUGGGGGGGGGGGUGGUUUUUGUUUUUUCCUUUUUCUAAAAUCUCAACAUUUUGUGGAAGCAGAUGAAUUGGAGCAUGUAAGUAAGUGACACAUGGGUGUUGAGUAUUGCUGCUUGUCUACGCAUAGCCCUAGACCCCUUCACUUAUUAACCUCAAAGCCAAAGAAGCUCUGAGCUCCAUCACUUGGUGGAACCUCAGUGUUUGACCCUACAGAGCCGUGGAGUUAUUUCCCUGUCUGACUGAUCAGUUUGAAUGGAUCCAAAUGAACACAUGGUGUUUAGAGUUCAGCUAAGCUCAAGUCGGUAUCUCUUGCUGUGUCUGAAGGCUGGUGUGAGUGGCCCUUGGUAAUACAUAUUCGCACGGUACUCUUUAUAUUUAAAGGCCUGGCAUUCAUUCUCUUUAUCUUAAGAAUCCUGCUUGGCUUCCUAGUGCUCGAGAACCACUGUGGUGUAUUCUGUCCUAAACAAGAGGUUGUGUCUGUGUUUUGAACUGUUGCAGCUGUGACCAAGUGGGUGAAAUCAUAUGUGUUGACUAUAAAGAGCAGUGCAGGGACUAAUGCAUGUAUUUAAAAGGAAUCUUUUAAAGCGAUAUGCUUGAUGUCAAAGCAUAGGGUUAAUUUGUUAAUCAGCAAAAUUAACAAAAGUGUUUUAUUUUUGUAAAACAUUUAGGAGUAUAAUCUGCAUCUACUCUGGAUUUUCUGACAGAGACAUAAUCAACAUUAACAUUUAAGGAAUAAAUCUAAUGUUUAAAUAUUGAA